AUGUUUACUCUUAUGAAUCUUAAUGUUACCCUUGGACGUGCUUUUGCACGAACUUAUCAAUUCAUAUUUGGAAGUGGCUGCCGCAUCGCAACUCCAUUUAAUAUUGUUAUGGGUGCUCUUGCAGCGGCCAACGUCUUCUCGGUUGGAUAUCACUUGACCAAGUUGGAUGUGAAGGACGCCUUGGACAGAACCGUAAAGGACUUAAACGCUCUCAGAAAGGACCAUGAAGAGGAGAAGGUCCAUGGGAAGAAGAUAUCGGACUUACUCGAGCAGUUGAUGAAGAAGUUGAUGCGAAACAGCAAGCUGGAACUCGAGGACAUCUGCCUGGAGACGGAACGCGACCAACGUAGAUUAGUGCCUGGUUCCUCGUGGAACUCUGUUGUCUGCGACCUACAAGAGAAAGAGAAACUGAACAAUUCGUGUGGAGUAAGAGGAAAGCAUAAACAGGCAGGGUCGCGGAUGAGGCUCGAUGUAGAUGCACCGCUCGUCAAUAUUCAGAUAACGACCACCCGGAAAGUGGAAUUGACGAGGCGCCAUAGAAGAUGCGCGGACUUCUCGUUAGACCCAGCAUUAGCGACUGCAUCUUUAGAUAGAUCUCAGCCAAGAGUCAUCUGCGAAACCUCUUCAGAGGAAGUGGAGGGAGCAGAAAGCGAUGACAUCUCGGGGAGAUUAGAGUCGGAACUGAACUGCGAGGACAUCUUGACCAAUAUAGAAAGGUCAGAAUAUGAUGCUGGGAAGACACAUAACUUCCCCAGAGGCAGAGAGACAUUCCGCGACACGGACCCAAGAUGCCUGGACUAUAAUCAAGAGAAUAUCAGGAAAGGAGAUACGACAAACAGACAGUUUAGGAGAUGGAGAACACCAAGACAAAGAAUGGAUAGGCCCUCUAGGGGAAUGAGGGACCACUGGGGAGGAAGGAACACCACGAGGAGGAAAAACAUAAAGGAAAAAACGCAUCAUUUACCCAACAUUCCCCUGCAAGUCAACCAAGACAGAUUCGCGAAAGAUAACUUGUUGGGACAAGUAAAUCUUCAAGAGGCCCAGGCAGAGCUUCACAGGAAGAAGCAAGAGAAACUAGAGGCAAGUAAUCGACGGCUGCUAGAACACAUUCGUGAACUGAAACAAGAAAAACGCCAGAUGUUGCACAGGGAGAACGAAUUGAAAAAUGAAAACCAGAAGCUCCGAGACAACGUCAAAAUCCUGAAAGAGCAUCUGAUCGCAGUUGAGUGCAAAAACGAAAAGAAAGUCUCGGCUGCGAGGAAGCAUGCAGAGAAAAUGAACGAGGCCGAGGCGAAGAUCCAAAAGCUGGCGAGACAACUGGAUGUUAAGGAACGCGAGGCUAAGCAGUGCCAGGAUGAGGCUAAAGAGCUGCGGCACAAGAUCUGCGAGAUGGACGAUCAACUGACAGAGAUUCGCGACGAGAACGAAAGAAUGAGGUGCGACCUUCAGGGGAAGGAAGAGCUCCUGCAGUGUAGGGAUGCUGAGAAGCAGAAGUGUGAGGCCUGCCUGCAGGAGUUGCAGCAGGAGGGCGCUAACAAAGUGCGUCUGAUCAGUCAGCUCCAGGGGGAGAUUGGAAGGCUGAAAUGCGACAGACAAGACGAGCACAAACAUGUCGAACACCUGGAAGGAUUACACAGGAACCUCCAAGAGGAGAACGAUAAGCUCAGGCAGCUGCUCAGGAGAUGUCUGCAAGAUAGGCGUGAUUUGGAGGCGGAGCUUCUGGAAACAGAUAUACAACUGGCAAGCUUCUUUGCUUUCUGCAAAGAACACCACGGCAACUCGAGAGCGUCCCCUUUGCGAAGGACAGAUUUGGACCAAUCCAUGGAAAGUGGGCACAGAAGGAAGUCAGAAGAAGAAUUUAAUAGUUUAAAUAAAGCAGUUCUCCAGAUGAUUAAACUAAUGACCGGACGAGCUUAUGAUGAUCAUAAGGAUAGGGCCAAAGCUAGAGCAAUGAUAAAUGAACUGAAAAGACAGAAGAGAAAUCUGGGACAUAACUGGGCUGAUUUGGCCCUGAAAACACAUCUUGACAUUCAUGUACAUCUCCUGGAUAAAACUCGAGGGAGAAGAAUCAAAAUGGAGAUGGAAAAGAUUCAAAACUGUGCAUGCCAGAACAAAAAUGUCCUACCGACAGGUCUCCCAGAUAAAACCACCGUCAUCCCACAAAUUAAACAAGAGGAAAAAGAGUCCACUCCGACUCUGGAAGACGAGAAAACCUCCAUUGCUCCACCAUUUAGACCAGAAGAGAAAGAGGUCAUUCCAACUCUGGAGGACGAGAAAACCUCCAUUUUUCCGCGAUUGAGAUCAGAAGAAAAAGAGUCCAUUCCUCAAACUGUACCGGGGAUCAUUCCCACUAUGGAGGAUUGCAUACCCACCACCCAAAGUGUUGCUUUGAAGGAGGAGCUCAUUCCGACCUCACGUGACACAGCUGCUCCAGAUGACGUACCAGAAUAUUGCAACGCCACCACUCAGGCUUCCGCCGCUGUUCCAGAACAAUUUUCUUCUGCGAGAGCGGCCUUCAGCAUGGAGAAACGAAAGUUUCAAGAAGAGAAGGAAGCCUUCAUCAAGGAGAGGCAAGACUUCUGGAAGGAGGAAGAGCAAAGACAGAGAUUAUACAAGAAGAUGGAAAAAAUUGCUAGUGACCUCGACAGAAAAAAAGAAAAGUUAUUGUUAGACCAGGAGCAGUAUGAAAGGGAUGCAGAAGAGUUGGCGGAACGGAAAAAAACUUUUGAUGAAGAGGAAAAGGGACUGAGUAGAUUCCGUGAAAUCAAUGAAGAGAUGAAAGAAACGCUCAUGAAGUUGGAAGCGAAUAUCACUAUACAAAGGACAACUCAGAAACGAAAAAGAGAGGAGUUGCAACAGUGGGAAGAAACUCUGAUUAUGAGAGAGAAAAUUCUGGAUGAAAAAGAAUUUUCUUCUGCGAGAGCGGCCUUCAGCAUGGAGGUACGAAGUUUCAAGAAGAGAGAGCAGCCUUCAUCAAGGAGAGGCAAGACUUCUGUAAGGAGGAAGAGCAAAGAGAGAGUUUUUACAAGAGGAUGGAAAAAUUUGCUAGUGACCUCGACAGAAAAACAGAAAAGUUAUUGUUAG